AUGGAUCCGUUAUUGGCUGACCUGUUAGAGGAAGCCAUAGACGAGCCUGUAGAGCUACAGGUUGACUCGAGUACAGAAAUGAACAGUGCGGAUACCAGCAGUGCGGGGCAGGGGUUGACUGGGGGAGGCACAUCUAUGGACUUAUCAACAGAUUCUGACCCGGAAACGAGUCUAGAUGCUUCGGCUGGUGCUGGUGCUGGUGCUGCUAGUGCUGGUGCUAGUGCUGGUUUCGGUUACAGUGCUGAUACUGAUAUGGGAGCUGGUAAUACUGCUGGCUUAGGGGCAAUUGGGAGCGGUGACAGCAGCCUUGGGAUUGCCGAGUUGGGGCUGAAUGGAGGGUCAGGAUGGGCGGAUCUGGGUGUAGAGGAGUUUCUGCGCGGUUUAGAUGGGCUUGACAACGCGUUUGGGGAGUUAGAAGAUAUGUUCCCUGUGGCUCUCGCCCCCACUCCUCCCCCUGCUUCCGUCCCUGCUGCUGCUGGUACUGGUGUUGCUGCUGCGGGUGGUAGUGGUGGAAAUUCUUUUGACGAUAUGCUGGUGGAUAAUAUGGGUGGAGCAGGAGCAGGAGCAGGAGCAGAAGCAGGAGCAGCAGGAGCAGCAGGAGCAGCAGGAGAAGCAGGAGUAGCAGCAGCAUCAGGAGCAGGAGGCGGUUCAAGAGACGCGGAUAUGGUUGCUUUUGCUAGUCCAGAUUCGGGAGGUGAGGGUAGGGGCAUGAGGCCGGGAGGAGCAGAGCAGACGGGAGCAGUUGAUGGGGAGAAUGAGGUGCUUCCAGCAGCAGUAGGAGCAGCAGCAGCAGCGCCAGCAGCAGGAAUAGCAGCAGCGGAGGCGCGAAACGACCAGCUCGGAGCACGGAAAGCAGCGUGCUGCGUGGGGCCAGACUCAUGGGGAGAAUGCGCCAAGAAGGGAGACCCAAUCGGCCUCUUAGUCUCAGUCGCCAAGGCCAUCGUCUCAGGGGACCAGGCCCGCGUGCACCAGCUGCUCUCAAGCCUCAACGAGGUGGCUUCUGUCUAUGGGACGGUUACUCAGAGGCUCUCGGCGUAUUUUCUCGAAGGGCUGAUCGCCAGGGUCGCCGGGGCUCCGCCGAAGCACUCCCCGAACGUGUUUGAGAGGUUUGAUGCGAGCUCCGGAGUUCUGAGGAGGAUUGGCGGGGAGGAACGGGCGGGAGGAGCGGUAAGAGGGGAGGAGGAGGAGUGUAGGGAGGGGAGGGGGGAUGGGGCGGGUUUCGGGCGUGUGUUUGUAGGUGCGGGGGAGGAGGUGGGGAAUGGAUCGGGGGGUGCAGCAGGGGAGAUGGAAUGGGCCAAGAUGGGUGCUGCUGAGGCGUGUGGGGAGCUCUCAGACCCAUUAUCAGAGGAAGCGCGGCCGUUUGAGCAGAGGCAAGAAGCAGGGGAGCUGAUGCCAGGGGAAGCAGCAGUAAUUUCCAGUCAGGGGACAGUCUUGAUGCCGGGGGGAUCCACAGGGCUGGUGGUUCCUCCUCCCGCCUAUAGGGGCGUGCCUGCACCUGUUUCUCCUCCCAAUGUUGAUUGCAACCGCACACUGCUGGAGUCGUUCCAGGUACUCGUGAACGCAACGCCCUUCCUGACCUUCGGCCAGGUCGCAGCCAACAGCGCCAUCCUCGAAGCUCUAGCGGACGAGCCUCGAGUGCACAUCAUAGACUUUGGCAUUGGUCACGCCCUGCAGUGGCCGGCGCUGCUCCAGGCGCUGGGGGCUCGCCCUGGGGGCCCGCCUCACGUGCGCGUGACGGGGAUAGAGGUGCCCCAGUGUGGGGCCAUGUCGCCGUACUGUGCCAUGAAGGCAGGGAAGCGGCUGGAGGCAGUGGCAGCCAUGUGGAGAGUGCCUCUCCAGUACCACUGGGUGAUGUCUCGUCUGGAGGACGUCACCCCUGCAAUGCUCAACCUGCAUCCAGGGGAAGCCAUCGCUGCCAACUGCGCCCUCCGCCUCUCCCAACUCCUCGACGAAUCAGAGCAGCCCAACGCCGCUGCCAACCCUGCCACCGCAGCUAGCACGGUCUUCGCCAAGCCUGUUUCCGAGCCUGCUUCCGAGGCUGUUUCCGAGGCUGUUUCAGACGCAGCAGACAGGUCGUAUCUGGGGAAGGCAGAAAUGGACGGCUCAGAUCGGGACAGGUCGUAUCUGGAGAGGGCAGAUCUGGACAGGGCGGAUUCGGACAGGUCGUAUUUGGAGAGGGCAGAUUCGGACGAAUCCCCGCGCAUGCGAGUGCUGCGCACGAUCCGGAUGCUGCGGCCCAAGGUGGUGACGGUGGUGGAGCAGUACAGCAACCACUCCUCGCCCUUCUUCCUCUCGCGCUUCUACGAGGCCCUUUACUACUACGCUGCGCUGUUUGAGUCCAUUGACGCGUCGCUGCCGAGGAACGAGGCCGCCAGACGAGUGUUUGAGGAGCAGGUGCUAGGCCGGGCGAUUGUGAAUCUGGUGGCAUGCGAGGGGCAGGAGCGGGUGGAGAGGCAGGAGCCGUUGGAGCAGUGGCAGCAGCGGAUGCUCAGAGCGGGAUUCAAGCCUCGAGGAGUAAGAGCCGUUGGAGCAGUGGCAGCAGAGGAUGCAGAGGGCGGGAUUCAGGCCUCGGGGACUGAGUGA